AGAAGUCAUAAUUGUUGAGAUGAUGUUUGUGUAUUAGGGAUAGCAAUGGUUGAAAGCCUUUCUAGAGUGCAUUAAUUCUGUGCAGUGUACAAUUAGGCUGUGAGGAUUUAAUUAAUGUGCAAGCUUGGCAGUUGAACCUUAUCACAUAAUUAUUUAUAAUACAUUUUGUUGUUGUUUUAGGUGCAGGACUGGAUGUUUUUGAAGAGGAACCACCCAAGAAUCGAAAGUUAAUUGAGCAUCCACGUGUCACGGCUUGUCCUCAUCUGGGUGCAAGUACCCCUGAAGCUCAGAAACGGUGUGGACAGGAGAUUGGAGAACAGAUUGUUAGUUUGGUGAAGGGCAUAUCAGCAGCAGGGAUUAUCAAUUGUCCUGCAGUCAGUAGUUUAUUUGUACCAGGAGUUAGACCUUAUCUCAGUUUGUCUAUGGCUCUGGGAAGGUUGUCAGCUGGUAUAGCCGGUGUCAACAAAGACUUCGUGCUGUCUGUCUCUGUUUUGUCAAUGAAGCAACACAAGUCUUGUCUAGGCAUUGGAUUGACAGUCGGAUUGUUUAAGCAAUUGGGCAAUGACGUUGGUGUUAGUUUAGUCAAUGCAGCAAACUUGGCAAAAGACAGGGGAAUAAAAGUGGAUGUUGAAUGCUUGGAAAACAAGAAUAGUGGCUUGCUAUCAGUGACAACUGGGAGCAAAGCAUGUGUUUCCGGAGUUGUCAGUGGUGAAAGGGCAGUCAUCACUGAGGUAGAAGGGUUCUCACUGGAAUUACCUGUCAAAGGUCACAUUUUUGUUGUAAAAGGGAAGAAGACCAACUUAUCACCACAAGAAAUAUUGCAGAAACUUCCAGUUACUGAGCAAGCUACUAUUCUUUUGUCUACUGUUGGAGACCACUGGCUUUGCAUUUUCCAAACAGCUGAGAAGUUGCCAUUGGAGUUGGCUACUGCUGUAUCUGUAUUGAAUGGUGUGGUGAGCAGCUUCCAAGUGGACUUUGCCAGUGAAUGAUGGACAUUGACUGAGUUGAAUGUUUGUAUUCUGUUGUUGGUGGAGUGCAAGAAGGAAACUGUCAAUGAGUUAUGUUGACUUGUAACUUCAUACCUUCUAGUUGCUGGAAGUUGUAUACCUUCUAGUUGCUGGGAGUUGUAUACCUUCUAGUUGCUGGAAGUUGUAUACCUUCUAGUUGCUGGAAGUUGUUGCUUGUUAUUAACAAUUCGAUGUCUUUGCCUUA